UAGUAAGAAUUAAGUUUAUUUCGAAAACUAAAUCAAAAUCGAUAAGAUAAAAUAAAUAACACAGGAUUGGUCAACUUUUAUCUUUUAAAUUAAUGAAUUAUUGUUAAAAUAAGAAUUGGCUUUGAUAAUAAUAAGCUACAAACGUUGAUGUGGAUCAGAAAAACAUUUCUUCUCACUCUAGUUUUGGGAGUGAAAACAGUAUAUUCUGCAAACAUGGAUUCCAAAGCACUCACUUCAUCAAUAGCCCAGUUUUCUGUGAAGUUCUGCAAUGAACUAGAUAAGACUACAAGUGUUGUAUCCUCACCUCUUUCAGCAGAGUUUGUGUUAGCUCUAUUGACUUUGGGAACAAGUGAGCCCGCUCACUCUGAAUUACUCACAUCUCUAGGUAUUCCUGGAGAUGACGAUAUUCGUUCUUCAUUUUCUUCGCUAUCAGCAAAAUUGAAAUCUAUUAAAGGUGUGACCCUCAAUGUUGCAAAUAAAGUCUACAUAAAAGACGGUGAUUAUGAUUUGGAUGAGAAAUUAAAGGAUGAUGCUGUCAAGAUAUUCGAUGCUGGUCUCGAAAAAGUCGACUUCAGUGAUGGUGCAGCUGCUGCUGAUCUUAUUAACAAAUGGGUUGAGAAACAGACAAAUGAAAAAAUAAAGAAACUUCUUUCUGAAGACAGCCUCAAUGAAGACACAAGACUUGUGCUCUUAAACGCUAUCUACUUUAAGGGAACCUGGAAGAAGCAAUUCGACCCAGCUAACACCAUCCAGCAACCGUUCUACGUCGAUGAUAAAAAUACUGUAGAUGUUCCUAUGAUGUAUAAAGAAGAUGACUACCUCUACGGGGAGAGCUCAGAACUAAACGCUCAGCUUCUCCAAAUACCCUACGUGGGCGACGAAGCCAGCAUGCUCAUAGUCCUUCCCCGCGAUAUCACGGGCCUCGACGCCGUGAUGACGAAGCUGGCCGGCGGCUACGACUUGCUCGCCGAAAUGGACAAGAUGUACAAGACUAAAGUGCAAGUCACCAUACCUAAAUUCAAGAUCGAAACGGAAAUCGAUCUAGCAACUCUUCUGCCCAAGCUCGGCAUCAAUGCUAUCUUCAACUGUCAAAAUUCUGGUAUCACCAAGGUUCUAAACAAACCAGAACAAUUGUACGUUUCUAAGGCCGUGCAAAAAGCCUUCAUUGAAGUCAACGAGGAGGGCGCUGAAGCCGCAGCCGCUACGGGCAUGGUGAUGAUGCUGCGCUGCGCGCGCCCGCCCGCGCCGCGCUUCGUCGCCGACCGCCCCUUCGCGUUCGCGCUGCUGCAGGCCCGCACUGAGCUGUUCGUGGGCGUGUACCGCGCCCGCUAGACACCCGUGCGGACCCGUGCGGACCCGUUGCCGCCCUCGCCGCUUCGCUGAACGUCAGAGCGCAUCGCAUGCGAACGCGUCAAUGUUGCACACUUGUAAGAAAAAUUUAGACGAUUUAACCGCGGAAUUAUUAUCUUUACUAUUUUGAAUUUAUUAAAAACUAUUUAAAAUACUACUUAACCGCGGCUUAACUACGUUUAAAUUUUUAUGUAUAUGUAGCUUGUCGACAUCAAUAUCGAUUCUUAGUAUUGUUAAUUCGUAAACAAAUUAAUUACUUGUACUUAUUUCAUUGUAAAAUUUUAAGUUACUCUAUGUUUCUGCACUAGAUUUGCUUGUCGCUUUCGAAUGCCAUGUUUUGUCUGUAUCGUAUUUGGAUCCUUUUUGGACGAAGAUAUCGCUCGUACGUGAUCGAGGUGUUUGCAUUGCAGCGAUGGGCAUCAUGUUAUGUUCCGCGAUGAUAGACGAGAACCCCGAGCCGAGCUUCGUGGCGGACCGCCCCUUCCUCGCCGCUAUCGUAUCCAACAACACUAUCUAUUUCGUGGCAUCGAACCGCGGAAAGUAAUACGUGACAAUUCAACAUUUUACAAUCGAUUCGGAUCUAAAAGCUGAUAUAUUUUUGAUGUGUCCUUUUUAUUAAUUACUCUAAUUAAUUAUUGUAUUUAGAUCAGUUAAUGCCAACAAAAGUCGAUUGUUUUAACUGAUUUCAGAGUUUUGAUCUUAUUUACGUUACGUUAUGAAAAUUAUGUUCAAAUGAUCUUUUACUCCAUACAUUCUUAUUUAAUACCAGUUGAGCUUUUGUAGUUUUUAUUUAAAAUAUAUUUAAUUUAGGUACAAAGUGCACUUAAAUGUAAUGACUCAGUAUUGUUGUCGAGAUAUUGUUUAAAGUCUAUAUUUUUAUUUAUGUUAAUAUAUAUGAUAUUUAGUAAUUA